AUGGAGCGACGUUUGGCCUCCAUGCGUUAUGAAAUUGCUUCGAGAGACGCCAUAACUCCUUUCGUGUGUUCGACGUUCAAGGAUUUUUCCAAGGAGAGAAACUACUUGGCUGCUGUUGUUUUUCCUCGACUACAAGGUUUAGAUAUAUGCAGUGUUUAUUAUUUAAUGGCAUAAUAUUGUUUGUAAGCUUAAAAUAUAGUUGGGGUUUUGAAGGUUUUUAUUUGUUUAUUUCGUGCCUCGUUUGAUAUUAAUUGUGUUACACGCGUAGUGAGAUGGAAUAUGUACACACGUCAAAAUCUCACAACUUGUCAACAAGAUGUGUUCGCAACAGGUUUGUAGCAAGCUUGUCAACAAGUUGUAACAAUGCUGUUAUUUUAUCAAGUUGCUACAAGGUUGUCACUCACAACUUGUUGACAAAUUGUUGAAUUGCAGGACGAUAACAAGUUGUUUGAACAACUUGUAACAAGUCUGUUGAGCUCAGCAACCUUGUAGCAAGUUGCCAACAAGCCGUUGACAACUUGUCAUGCAGUGCAAAGACAUCCUGAUGGCAAGUUGUUGGAACAGCAUAAAGUCUGCGGCAAGUUUGUUACAACCUGUGCGUUAAUUUACACAUGUGUAUAUAUAUAUGGUGAACAAUUUAAUCUCCGAGAUACUGUAUUUAUGUUACAGUUGACCACUAGUUAUUGCACUAAUUAUAUACACAUAUAAAAAUGCACAAGUUGUUACAAUUCUAUUCCCAAGCUGUCGACAAGUUGUGUUCGCACUGCUUGUUGCCAGUUGUUGUAUAUUAUGUUUGGAACAAGCUGUUAACAACUUGUAACAAGCUUGAUGACAUGAUCAGGCUUGUUACAUUGUUAUUCUAACAAGUCUGAUACAGUCAUUGUCUAACAGGAAUGUUAAAAGAUUGAUAUGAUACAAAGUAAGUUGUAACAUUACAAUAUUGUUGUUAAUCAUGAUCGACUGUAUCGGACUUGUUCGGACAACUUUGCAACAAGUCUGAUAACAGCAAAAAGGUUAAAAAUGCUAGAUGCACGAACAGGAUUCAUAAUAAAGUUUCUGAAACGUUCUCUGAUCGUAAAUUUUUAUUUAAAACACGAGCUUUCGACUGCCACAGUCGAAAGCUUGUGUUUUAAAUAAAAAUUUACGAUCAGAGAACAUUUCAGAAACUUUAGCAAAAAGGUUGUUACGACCGUUAACAGCUUGUUCCAUACUUGUUGACAACUUGGCCGGGACAAGCAGUGCGAACACAAUUUGUUGAUGCUGUUGGAAAGCUUGCUGCAAGAUUUUUCCAUGUGUAAAAAACUGUCCUGCAUGUAUACAUAGUGCAUGCGACUUUACAUUACAUUGCAUACAGAAAAUUGAUAUAAAAUUAUAAGGAGAUAUUGACAUAUGUAACAAUUGCAUCUGAAAUUACCCCUUGGAAUGAGAUAAUUGGUCGAGCAUUUUUCGACCUCAAUUUUUCACAAUAUUAUUCAAUAUUUGUAACGUCCUGCAAUUCCAGCAUUUUUGGGGGCCCCUCUGGGGAAAUUGGGCCCCUUCAUUGACUUUUCUUUGGAGGGUAUUACACUACCUAGAAGUUACAGCCCUGUCAAGGUUAACCAAACGAUAUGCCAGUGUGUUUUGUUAACCUAUUAAGCUGCAAUGCACUGAAAUUACACACCCAUGCAAUUUAAAAGACCCCACUUAAGACUGAUUUCCACUGUUGCGUUUUUCUUACGUACGUAUACGCACGUUAAACUUUAAAUCCAUUUCAAAAACUCAUUAAUAAUUCAUGAAGCAAUUAUCCAAUCUUGAGUAAGAAAUUAGUCACGUGCAUACGUCUUUAUACCAGCUAAAGAACACUUUAACAAAAGACCAUUGUUAUGCAAACUAUAUAAAGAUUUUUAUGUAAAGAUUUUUAUAUAAAGAUUUUUAUAUAAAGAUUUGGCUUAUUAUGCAUACGUUUUUGAAGUCAUUUAAAAAACUCGCGGGUCGUGUUUUAUUAGGUCUAAAGCCACUCGCGCUGCGCGCUCGUGGCUUUAAACCUAAUAAAACACUCCUGCUCGUUUUUUAAAUAGUUCAUGAAGCAAUUAUCCAAUCUUGAGUAAGAAAUUAGUCACGUGCAUACGUCUUUAUACCAACUAAAGAACACUUUAACAAAAGACCAUGAUUGUUAUGCAAACUAUAUAAAGAUUUUUAUAUAAAGAUUUUAUAUAAUUAUAAAGAUUCUUAUAUAAAGAUUUUUAUCUAAAGAUUUGACUUAUUAUGCAAACGUUUUUGAAGCUCGCAGGUCGUGUUUUAUUAGGUCUAAAGCCACUCGCGCUGCGCGCUCCUGGCUUUAAACCUAAUAAAACACUCCUGCUCGUUUUUUAAAUAGUACUUAAAUGUUACUUAUGAAAUAACCAAAUAAAUAAAGCAACAGAAUUUAGUGUCCCGCAAGUUAAUAGCAUGCAUUUGUUAACUUAUUUGUAAAAUAUUUAAAAAAUAGAAGGAUUCGAAGUUUUACGUGCGUACGAAAAACACAACAGUGGAAAUCAGCCUUAACUCUAAUGCUCAUUUAUACCAGAACGUUGCCAAGAGAGAGGAACCAGGUUUUCGCCAGUAGAUUUACGCUGGAAUGAAGAAUCGUGUAAUACCAAUGACACAAAAGUGCUUCAACAAUGUCUCGACGCUAUCAAGGAGUGUUCGCCGUUUUUCAUUUGUCUUCUGGGAGAGCGAUAUGGCGUGCAUCGUCCACCAGAUGCAAUGUCACAUUCUGAUGAAACCUUGCAGACAACAGUUGAUUGGUUGGAUAAGAAUUUUGAAAUGGCGGCUGCUUGUGGUAACGAGUGGGUCUUGGACAACGAAAAUAAGUAAGUUUACCUGUACAGUUUGUUGUAUUAGAGGAUACAAAAGACCUUUAUAUAAUUAGGACAUCAGUAGCGAAAUAAGUGCAAAAUAUAAAUCAGGAAAGGGUGAAUUAUUCACGCAAUCUGACAGGUAGCCGUAUAAGUGAGUUUGGUUGGUUGGCUUGUAGUUGCUAAAGCCAUGAACACAGGCUGACAGUGAACACUAGUUUCUUUACUCUUCAGACACUGCAGUCUCACAGAACUCGAGAUCAUCAAAGCAUCAUUCCGAGAACGAACAGAUCAUUGUUAUUUUUACUUCCGUGAUCCCGGCCAUCUUGAAGAGCAGAGUGUUGACCUGAACACCUCGCAACGAGCGAUGUUGAUGGAAAUUUAUGAAAGUGAGAGCGAGUUUGCCGCGAGAAAAGUAAGAGAGCUAAAGCAACAGAUUAUUGAUACAGGUAAUGUGAACACGCGUUUUCUAGCCAUGUUUCUCAAAGGUGGACAAACCAGGAAACAUUGUUUCCUAGCCAUGUUUCCCAAAGGUGAACAAACCAGGAAACAUAGCCUGCGAACAGGCUCUCAAGCUGAAUUGAGAGCCUGCAUCGAUGACUAAUGAAUUUGAAUAUUUGCGUCUCAAAUCGUGACGCGAAAUUCUCAUUGGCCAGAUGCUAUAAUUUAUAUUAUUCCGCUGAGCUCUAUAUAUAUAUGUCAACUGCACUAUGCAUAAAAAACACAUUAACUGAUCAAAUUGGUCUUGGCCAUCUUAUCUCAAAGCACGAAAUGUUCUGUUUUGACUAAAACAGUAUUUAAAACAUUUAAACUUUUGCUUCAAUAUCUUAUAUUUCGAAAAACAGUAUAAACUGUGCGGUCUAAAUUUAGUUUGCAUGGUCUAAAUUUAGUUUGCACGAAAGUUGUAAACAACACCAUAUAAGGAUAGACAUUCCAUAUUUGGAAAAACGAACGUUACGGGGCAGAUAUUCAAAUUCAUUAGUCAUCGAUGCAGGCUCUCAAUUCAACUUGAGAGCCUGUUCGCAGGCUACAGGAAACAUUGUUUCCUAGCCAUGUUUCCCAAAGGUGGACAAACCAGGAAACAUUGUUUCCUAGCCAUGUUUCCCAAAGGUGGACAAACCAAGAAACAUUGUUUCCUAGCCAUGUUUCCUGAAGGUGGACAAACCAGGAAACAUUAUUUCUUAUAUAGCCAUGUUUCCCAAAGGUGGACAAACCAGGAAACAUUGUUUCCUAGCCAUGUUUCCCAAAGGUGGACAAACCAGGAAACAUUGUUUCCUAGCCAUGUUUCCCAAAAGUGGACAAACCAAGAAACAUUGUUUCCUAGCCAUGUUUCCUGAAGGUGGACAAACCAGGAAACAUUAUUUCCUAUAUAGCCAUGUUUCCCAAAGGUGGACAAACCAGGAAACAUUGUUUCCUAGCCAUGUUUCCCAAAGGUGGACAAACCAGGAAAUAUUGUUUCAUUGUUUCAUCGAUUCAAUAUUUUUCUUAUUCUAGACCUUCCAGUGCAACAUUUCAGAACGGUGGAAGAACUCGGUCAUUUGAUAUUAAAAGACUGGUUACUAGUCCUGGACUCGCUAUAUCCGCCAAUCGAGAAAAAAGUUUUCGCUUCGAUCCAUAACGCCGACUUUCGUGAAUGGUCGGCACACGAAUCGUUUGCGAAGACACGUCGAAAGGUUUUCGUCGAGACUGAUUUUAUACGCAUGACGUUCGACACGUUAACGAGACAUGCGCAGUACCCUUCACGUGGCCCUAACAGCAGAGAGUCUAGUAGCUCGCUGACCAAGAUUAACGAGGGCACAUUUCUUACAAGUGUUCUGGGCAUGGAGACCUUCCCGUCAAUCGUAGCGCUCGUAGGUGAGUGACUACAAUUAUUAUUAUAGAUUUCACUUUUAUAGCGAAUGCGUAUAAUUAUGAACCUGCUUACAACUUGAGUUGUACUGUGUAAAUUAUUUUAUAAGCCCACGACUUGUGUGUUUGAUUUACACACUACAACUCAAGUUGUAAGCAGGUUGCACGGCGACAGUUUUAGGCAAACGUUUUGUAGCGUAAAUCGGCCUUACAAAUGAUGCAAAAUGCGGCAAUAAUGCAAAAUGUCGCCAAAAUUAGUUAUACUGUCUCAACCCCACCCAAAUUCGCCAGAGCUUUUACGUUUAGUCACGUCUCUAUUAUGUGUACUCGCCCGAAUUUGUAAAUUCUAUCGGUAGAAAUAAUAUCUAUAGCUUCAUCGCCAUUAGCCAGAGCCUCGCACAAAACUGAAAACCCUGCUGUCUGUGGUCCAAUUGAUUUUCACGUAACCUCUGUGUUGACAAAACGUCGCUCGCUUUUAAGCGCACUAUUAAUGAUAGUUGAAUAACUGUAAAAAAGCGCUAUACACUAGAUUAAGCUUUAUGAAAUUCAAGGUAAAAAGGUUUAAUUAAAGAUUUCUAGCAACAAAAGGUGGUCGUCAUAUGUUAGCUAAGACAAAGUAAUUUUGAUCAAAACGAUUUUGGGUUUUGAACACAGAGGCACUGUUGCACUAUGCAAUUUGUCUCGCAAUUUUGUUGCGACACAAGAAGUUGCACGCGAAAUUGCAAGGUGUAUCAUGCCUCGCAAUCAACAACUCUCGCAAUAUUUUUGUUGCGACAACCUUUGCACGAAGUAGAUUCAAGUUCUACUUUUUGCAACGAUUGCGGCGUUGCAAAAAGUAGAACAGUGUAACAUCGAUAUCCCUAUUGCAACUAGUCUCGCAAUGUUUAUACACUGAAUGGCUUCCCAUUGGCUUUUGACUGUCAAUAUGGCGCCAAACGUUAGCACUCGCGGUUUUAAUAUUAUUUUUAAUAAUGAUCAUUGCAAGUUGCAUGGAAUAUAUUGCUUGGUGUAACAUCCCUUGCAAUGCAAUCCUGAAAUCGUUUUUUCUUAACAUUGCGAGACAAGUUCCGAGACAAGUUGCUUAUAGUGCAACAGCCCCUUAUGGGACAUUGGAAAAGUUUGCCUCUUAGUUCUAAUAUGUGUCUUGUUCCAGGUGAACGUGGUGGUGGUGCGUCAGCCAUAUUGUCAAACUGGCUGAAAAAGUUCAUUCGUGAUCACCCUAGAAUCGUCGUCAUAUCACACUACGCCGAGAGCGGUCAGCGGUCAGCAGAGAUAACGUCGUUCAUGAGACGCUGCACAUCAGAACUGCGCUCCGAAUAUCGUGGACUAAAUCCCAUCAUCCAACUUGACUUUCUAGACCUGACCGAUUUCGAUACGAUCACGGAAGCGUUUCACGCGUCGCUGUCUUUGGGGCCCUGUGUUUUAGCGCUAGACGGUCUUUACCACCUGACAGCCUGUCAAGACAUCGCUGCUCACGUCAUCAAGCAGUUGUCAUGGUUACCUAUUAAUAUUCCGCCUGCAUGUCGGGUUGUGGUCUCGACGACCCGAUCAGAUAUAAGUUACAAGUAUUUAUCCAGCCGUUCUGAC